AUGUCCGCCGCCAUAGCUACAGCUGCUGGUUUGUCUCUCCCGAUAUCUUUCUCCCGUUCGAACAAGUUUAGCAGCAAAAGGUGUGUAAAGGGAGGAUUUGGAGUAUUUGCAAUCAUUGGUGAGGGAGGUGAAUUGGUCGAGAGGAAAAGUCCGUGGACGACACUUUUUAAUGUAGAGGACCCACGUUCGAAGGUACCUCAAUACAAAGGCAAGUUUCUCGACGUGAAUCAAGCACUCGAGUUGGCUAGGUAUGACAUACAGUAUUGUGAUUGGAAGGCUCGACAAGAUGUACUCACGAUCAUGCUUCUGCAUGAAAAGGUCGUGGAAGUAUUAAACCCUCUUGCUCGUGAAUUCAAAUCGGUUGGAACUCUCAGGAAGGAACUUGCUGACUUACAGGAAGAACUGGCACAAGCACAUAAUCAGGUACAUAUAUCAGAAGCAAGAGUGUCAACUGCUUUGGAAAAGCUAGCUUAUAUGGAAACACUUAUUAACGAUAAAAUAGUUCAAGACCGAAACACAACAGAAGAAGAAACUGAUAACUUACUCCCAACUACUCCGAGCACUUCCAAAGGAUGUCCCGAUACUAUGAAGAGCAGAAAAUCAAGGAAAAACCUUAACGUGUCGGGACCAGUGCAUCCUUACAAUGAUCGUUUGAAAAACUUUUGGUACCCUGUUGCUUUUUCCUCGGACUUAAAGGAUGACACAAUGGUCCCAAUAGAUUGUUUUGAAGAACCAUGGGUUAUUUUUCGUGGUAAAGAUGGCAAAGCUGGGUGUGUACAAAAUACGUGUGCUCAUAGGGCUUGCCCGCUUCAUUUGGGCUCGGUGAAUGAGGGUCGUAUACAGUGCCCUUAUCAUGGGUGGGAGUAUACGACGAGUGGAAAAUGUGAGAAAAUGCCAUCGACUAAAUUACUCGACAUAAAAAUAAAGGCUUUGCCGUGUUUUGAGCAAGAGGGUAUGAUUUGGAUUUGGCCAGGCAAUGAUCCCCCGACUGCUAAGCUUCCUUCUUUAUUACCACCUCCCGGUUUUCAAAUACAUGCUGAGAUUGUGAUGGAACUUCCUGUCGAGCAUGGAUUACUUUUGGACAACCUUUUGGAUCUUGCACAUGCUCCUUUUACACAUACCUCGACAUUUGCUAAGGGAUGGAGCGUUCCAAGCUUGGUGAAGUUUUUAACACCGGCAUCCGGAAUGCAAGGCUAUUGGGAUCCAUACCCGAUCGAUAUGGAGUUCAGGCCACCUUGCAUGGUUUUAUCGACAAUCGGUAUAUCAAAACCCGGAAAAUUGGAAGGGCAAAGUACAAGAGAAUGUUCAACUCAUCUUCACCAACUCCAUGUUUGCUUGCCUUCAUCGAGACAUAAAACGAGGUUGUUAUAUAGAAUGUCACUCGAUUUUGCUCCCAUACUCAAACACAUCCCUUUAAUGGAGCAUCUGUGGAGACAUUUCGCCGAGAAGGUGUUGAACGAGGACCUAAGGCUCGUAUUAGGCCAGCAAGAGCGAAUGCUAAAUGGCGCAAACGUUUGGAAUUGGCCCGUGUCUUAUGAUAAGCUUGGAGUAAGAUAUAGGCUAUGGAGGGACUCGGUUGAGCAAGGAGGAUCGAAAAAGAGUACAUUUUUCAGCAAUUCAAAUUAA